GUCGCGACUGCCUUGAUUGCGGUAAUCAAUCUGUACGGACCAGGGUUACAGAGUGUCUUCAACACUACCCCUAUACCUGGGAUGUUCUGGGGCCCCCCGUUCGCCUUUGCCUUGGGAAUUCUCUGCGUGGACGAAACCCGCAAGUUGAUCGUGAGGACAUAUCCGAAGUCGAUCAUCGCUAAAAUGGCCUGGUAA